AUGGCUGGAGGAAACGAGGAACCGGCAUAUCGCCAAUACCGCAACAACACCAACCCCAAGUGGUGGAGAGACCCUGGGCUGCGUACCAAUGUAUUCCACUGCGCCGGCCUGUAUUUCUGCGUUUUCUAUCUGGGCUACGAUGCCUCCCUCUUAAAUGGUCUUCAAGCCAUGCCGCAGUGGCAGAAAUACUUUAACCAUCCCAAUAGCAGCUAUCUGGGCUUGAUCUCUGCUAGUCUUUUCCUACCUGCGAUUGUCACCCCUUACAUCAGCUCUGCUAUAAAUUCGCGAUGGGGCAGGAAGGCAUCUCUGAGUGUUGGCAGUCUGGUCUUGAUUCUUGGUGCCUUUGUUAAUGCCUUUGCGAAUAGCGGAGCCAUGUUCAUUGCUGGACGUGUCUUGAUCGGUGCCGCCGGCCCAUUCGGCAAGAUUACUGCCAUUGCUCUGCUGCAAGAAAUAGCCCACCCCCGACUCAGAGCUAUUCUCUCUUGCUGCUUUUAUUCUAACUACUACUUUGGGUCUAUUGCAGCUGCAUGGUUCUGUUAUGGGUCGCUUCAUUGGGGAGAUACGGAUUGGUCUUGGAGGGCACCAUGUCUCUUUCAGGUCUUGGCACCAGCAGUUGUCCUAGCUUUUAUGUUCAUUAUCCCUGAAAGCCCUCGAUGGCUCAUCCAUCAUGACCAACGGGACAAAGCGAUGCGUAUACUAGCGAAAUACCAUGCCAACGGGGAUAUGGAAGAUGAGCUUGUCCAACACGAAUAUGGGGAGAUUUGUCUCACAAUCCAGCUCGAGGAAGAAAACUCAAAGACAAGCUUUGUUGACUUUUUCAAAACUCCCGGAAAUAGACGACGUCUUUUGGUUCUCAUUACCAUGGCUACAGGCACGAACUGGGUUGGCAAUGGCAUCAUCACAUACUAUCUUACCCCUGUUCUUUCGCUUGCCGGUAUCACAGACUAUACACAGAUAUCGGGAAUUAAUGGCGGCCUAGCCAUUUGGAACUUGAUUCUAGCCUAUAUUGCUUCGUUCGAUGCCGAAAAGGCUGGCCGGCGAGUGAUGUGGCUUGCUUCCACUGCCGGCAUGCUCGCCACCUACAUCGUUAUCACCGGUCUAUCUGGAAGCUUUGCAUCAACCCAUAGCCGUCCAACCGGGAUUGCCAUCGUUCCUAUGCUCUACAUAUAUUAUGGAUUCUAUGAUAUUGGCUGGACUCCUUUGCCCUUCUCUUACGGAGCAGAAAUCUUGCCCUACCAUAUGCGUCUGAAGGGACUGAGUAUCAUGCUCUCCGUGCAAAGUGUUGCUCAAGCAUUUAACCAAUGGGUGAACCCAGUUGCCUUAGCCGCUUUGGCUUGGAAAUACUACACGAUAUAUGUGGCGCUUCUCUGUGUAUAUUUGGUCAUUGUGUACUUCUUCUUCCCCGAAACUAGGUUAGGAUUCUCUUAUAUCACUCUACUUUCAUCAUGCUAA